CUCUCGUCUUCUCUAGCUAGACUACAAAACGAGACCGACUAUCAACAAUGUCCGUCUACGUCGGCGAAUCCCGCGGCGAGCUGCUCGCAUGGCUCAACGACCUCCUCGCGCCCAACGUGCUCACAAAGGUCGAGGAGUGCGGCAAGGGCGUCAUCUACUGCCAGGUCCUGGACUCGAUUUACGGCGACCUCCCCAUGUCGCGCGUCAAGCUCAACGCCAAGAUGGAGUACGAGUACCUCGAGAACUUUAAGAUCCUGCAGAAGGCGUUUGCCAAGCACAGGAUUGACAAGCCCAUCCCGGUCGAAAGACUCGUCAAGUGCAAGAUGCAGGACAACCUCGAGUUCCUGCAGUGGAUGAAGAAGUUCUGGGACCUCAACUCGAGCGGGGCCGAGUACAAUGCCGCUGCGCGAUCUGGCGGCGUGAUUGCCGCUGCGGCGCCAGCGCCGUCCCGCGCGCCGGCUGCCGCUCGUCCCUCUGCUGCUGCUGCGCGCUCUGCGGCCCCGGCCCCGCGCGCGUCGAGCGCCGGCUCCAACGCCCAGGUCCAGCUCCUCAACUCGCAGGUCCAGGAGCUGCAGGCUACGUGUGAGGGGCUCGAGAAGGAGCGCGACUUUUACUUUGCUAAGCUCCGCUCCAUCGAGCUCAUCGUCGGCGACAGGAUCAACCUCGACGAGGUCGACCCCAUUGAGCGGGAAACGCUGCAGAAGGUCCAGGAGAUCCUCUACCAGACCGAGGACGGCUUCGAGGUGCCCGAGGGCGAGGAGCUGCUCGAGGGCGACAGCCACCACCUUGACGACGAGGAGACGUUCUAGAGCGUGACAUCGCUGCUUCAUGACAUAAUAUCUGUUUAGUCCGCCAUCUUUUGACGUUGGCAUCAAGGCGUGGCGGUGUAGCCGCUGUGCCGGUACGAAUGCAUGAGUGGAACGAG